UGGCUGGACUGCCAUCAGAAAUGUAAAUAGUCGCGUCUGUGGGGCAUUGCUUGCAGUGAGUCACGGGGAUCUGCUGCUCGUACUCGGAAGCAUCAACACGAGGGAGAAAACAAACAUAAGGAAGGCGGAGGAAACUGGCUGCGAUGCGCACGCGACGACUUUUGCUUAUGGAUAAGUUUUUGGGACACCUCGUUUGAUGGGAUCGAUGUUGUUUUUAAAAUGGGAACGCGAGCUUGGAACAGGGGAAAUAAAUGAGCGCUGGAUUUAUCCGUGAAAUUGUAGCCAUUCCAUCUGGCAAACGACUGCCACACCUUCGUCCGUGUAACAGGUGCUCUACACAACUGUCCAGAUGGGUUGCAGUUGCUGUAGGAUGAUAAAAAGUUAUAUCUAUGACCCUUCAGUCCCUGUGGAUGUUCCUGGUCUUAAGCGCGACCCCACCAACAGCUCUUUGUAUCAGUCUCACAAAUUCCCAGAAGAGUCGGAUCACAUCAGCAAAAAGCAGGGCUUCCACAACUUGGGUUACAGCACCCACCCUAGCACUACCAAACUCGACAUAGACAACAACCACAUAAACCGGCUCCAUGCUCAGGAUGAGAGGGUCAGGACGAGCCAACCAGAGAGUGACUCCAACCGAUACAUCCUCACGCCCGAGGACAAGGGGAUGCCCGUCAAAGUUCCCCCCGUCUUAUGCGACGAGCCGAUGUUGGGAACGGGACCGUUCCAGCGGGAAGAGAGUUUCAGAGACUCGGGGCUUGGGAGUGGGGGAAUUUUGGAGGGAUCCGAUGGAUAUCCUUUCGGACAAGAAGAGGACUAUGAGGAGAUGAGAUGCAAUGCGGCCAGUACGACAGACACGGCCGAUGAGGAGAGCAUUCUGUCUCUGGAUAUGCAAACAAGCACCACAAGUCUCUCCUCAGCGGACACCAAGCUUGUUACAGAGGACAGAGAUGAUAAAGAGCUGUCAUUUAUGAGCGAAGAGCAGGAAAUAGAGAACGAGAACGAUGGGGUGAGCUUCACAGACUCUAUGGUUGCCGAAGCCCUGGCAGCUCUGGAUGCGGCGACUGAAGGAGAGGAUUAUGAGUGACGGGCAGGUGAGAGAGGGUGCGGUACUGUUCAGUGUAGAUAUGGUACAUUUCCAUACUUACUCCCUCGCACCCUGCGCAUUUGAAUAUAGCCAAAAUAAUAGCUCUCAUAAAAUGAAACUUUCCUACAGUCGUUUUUGUAGGCGACAAUUUUAACUUUAAAAUGAAGGACUUGACAACAGGAGAUGACUGUUGUUUACACAGAAAUCGGUUAUUUGAAAGACUGCAGACUUGCUUGGAAAUAAAGGUCAUGUGUGAAUGUUUUGUCCUGCGAUUCAGUGGACAAACUUGAGAUAGAACCACUGCCGCAUCAUUUUCAAUAGUACUGUUUUAUACAGCAUGUAAUAAGCUCUAUUUUCAGAUAUUUCUCAGCACCACUGUUUAACAGUAGUUUAUUUCUUUAGUGGCAGUGGUUCAAUAAAUACACUUUAAUUUUCAGACAUUUUCUGUACAAACAGAGAGUGAAAACCAAAUAACAAGCCAAUGUCCCGGUGUUGGGUUUCUUAUGUACUUCCUGUUGUACUUUUAGACAUUUUAUAAUGAACAAACUUCUAUUUUAAUAGACUGAAAUCAAGUUCAUAAUUUAAAUGGCAAUAUCAAUGUGCAGGUUUUUUUGCUUGUUACACUGUGAAUACAUCAUUAAUAUAAUCAUCAUAGAAUUUUAAGAAAACAUUAUUUGUGGUCACGAACAUAUCCGAGUCAUAUUUCACCCCAAAAUUAAGAAUUUUAUUUUGCAAAAAUUAGUCCUAUUUUUCAAAUGAUUAUUUAAUUUGAUUUAAUUAAAAUAUCAAUGUAAAUAAGUCACAAAAAUACACACAAAUAAUAAAAAAUGUAAAUGUUUUUAUUUAAUCAUUUAGAUUUUUUUGCAUUGUAGAAAAAAAAGCAUGUGAUUACUUUUUUAUAAAAAUGUCAAUGCAUAAAAAUUCCUAAUGCUAAAUAAAUGUGUUAUAUAUAUAAAUAUUUAUAUAUGUAUAUUUUGAAAAUGAAAUGUGACUCGGGUUUCACCUUUGUAUAUUAAUUUCCUGAUAAGGUUUUCUGGUUUCAUUCAGGCUACUAAAGUUAUUUAUCCACUAUGCAUACAGAUCUUAACUAAUUCUGGUUAACUUUCUGAGGCCUUUAUAACGUGGAAGCCAACGACAAUCACUAAAUCAAGAACACAACAGAACAGAAUAUAGCACACAUUUCUAUAUAAGUGAAGAAAUAUGAGAAUAUCUCAGAAAAAAAUGAAUGUAACCCCAUUUACCAGAAUUUGUAUGGUACUUUUAUUGUUUUAAUGAAAGAGUAUUUCCAAAAGUAUAUUUUGUGUAGGUCAAAACCAUUUCUUGUAAAGCCAUGAAUGAGAAUAGAUAAAGACACUGAUUUUGCAAUGACGUAACACUGACCUCUUUAAAAAGACUUAAAAUGUUCUUGUUGUCCUUAAGCAACAGAUACUUGUCACAUGAACCAGAGAAAAAAAUAAAAGUAAUAUACUUGAUCAUAAGACUUGCAAUUUAAUGUGUUGACAUUUUUUCAGAUGGAUAGCAGCGCCCCAUGGCCUUCUUAAUAUAAGCGAAGAAGUGUGUUUGUGUAUGUAUGUUACAUUAAAUUUACCCAAGAUUACAAAA